GUAAGAAAUGAGCAGUAGAGAGCAUGCAGUUUAAGUACAAGCGGAAGAUGGAAAGGAAAAGAGAGAGGGAGAGUAGUGAUGGAGUGAAUUCAUAAAUAACACUCCGUGGAGUUAUAGUGGAUCUUUCACCAAGCUGGCUCUAUUACAUUUCAAGCUGGAUGUGUACAUCAUGGCAUGCUGCUGUUGUCCUGUCCCAUGCCUCAGGAACUGCUUCUCAUUUUCAGCGAUAUCUCCUGCUGAGCUUGAUGCCUUGUGGAAUGACCCUACAUACAAUUUAGCAGGUGUCAGUGAGCUCUUUCCAACCAAUGACAUCAUGCCAGCUGAUGAGGAAGCAGAGGCUGAGGCAGAGGUUGAGGAAGAAGGCAGAAGCAAAGAGAGUUACUGGAAAAAGAUGGAGGCAUUCAGUGGAAGUGGCACAAUAUCUUCAAUGGGGGAACACUUUUCUCCAGAUAUAAUUUUGUUGUUUAGUGGAAAACGACGAUCUAGUGUAAAGCCUGACGGUGAGCUUCAGGAGGCAUUACGGACCAGACUCAGAGUAGUAGAGAGCAACAGUCAGGAUGUCGUCCAGCUCUUCAAGGAUCUGUCUGCACGGCUGGUGUCUGUUCAUGCUGAGAAAGACUGCUUUGUCAUCACCUUUAAGACAGUUGGGGAGAUCUGGAAGUUCUCCACUUACCUAGCACUCGGAUAUGUGGCAAGAUGUCUUGAGAACUUUCUCUGUGACAAGUCAUUCUGGCUGGACCCUGCAUUGCUAAGUGAUGUGGAGAUCUGUGUGAAAGUGGAUGAAGAUCACUUAGCUACUCUUUAUCUAACACUUCUGCUUCAGGAAGGUACAUUCUUUGCCAAGGCUUUAUACAACAGUGACUGCAGAGAGGAGGAAGAGGAGCUGACCUAUAAGAAGAAUAACCUGAUCAUGGUGAAAGACAUAGGACAGGAGGCCAUGUGGGAGGGUACACUACUGUCCACGGGCCAACAUGGUCUAGUGCCCGUGCAUGCUAUGCAGCCUCUGCCUUAUCCUUUCUAUCAGUGGUUUUUUAAGAAAUAUUCUGGAAAUGCAGGAGGGAUUCCAGUUACAGAAGGCUUCUUUAAUCAUCCCAUCGUGGUGGGUACCUGUGUGGCAGUAGUGGACCAUUACCCGAUGGUUAAAGAUGAGCUGCACUUACACAAGGGUGACCUGAUCAAGAUUGAGGGGUUUCUUUUCAAUACUCUGAACGUGUUUAUAGGAAGACACCUCACCAGUGGAGAGACAGGAUUUGUUCACAGGGCCCAUGUAAAGCCAGAGAGAAUCAAACCUCUCAAUGGACAAUUGGUCUUUCUAAGUGAGGAGGAAAGGGAGGGCCUUUCUAAACUUGACCCCUGUAUUGAGCCCUGCCAGUCUGAUGUACUGGCCAAUCUCUACUCCACUGACAUAAGCACUGUGUACAGAUUAGAUAGACUGGAUGACUCUGAUUUUGCGUUUAUUAAAAACCAUCCAAAAUCAGAGCAGAAUACCCCAGUGGAUCAAAGAAAGAGCACUAUAUCAGAAAAGACUGACACACCUCCCUACCACUCGUCCCCACACCCAUCAUUCCAUGCCUCUCGAAAUCAUCUGAAGCGGGACUCCGAGGUCCUUUCAUUCAGCCUGGACAACACCUUCCAAGAGAUGGAUGAAUAUGAGGAAGAUCCUGCAAGCUUCAUGGAGGAGGGUAUGUGGGAGCCUGAUGAAGCAGAGAGGUGUGAUCCAAUCCUGACCCUCCUCAACCUGGAAUACUUCCAGGACUUCUUUCAGACACUUUACGACCUCUCUUACUCUUUCCUGGACACUGUCUUUGGUGGACUUCCAGAAGACGUGGUGCUUCAUCAUCUGGAAACUUUGCGAGAAGGGGCUAAGAAAGGCAGGAUGCUUUGGGCCCAUCGGCGAGCCUGCUUCCUCCUAGGUAGGCUAUGUGCGAAGAAACUGAAGUACUCACAGGCACGAGUGUACUUCGAGGAGGCGUUAAAAAUUCCUGUAAAUGGUUUUGAUGACCAACCACUUCUGAUUUCCCUGUACACCAAUCUCACUGCUGUUUAUCUGAAACAGAAGAUGAUGGAGAAGCUGCCAUUUACACUAGAAAAGGCCAGUGCUCUGAUUGUGUGUCUUCCAUGCCACAACUUCUGCUCUGUGGAUGAGUUUGAGUUGCUCAAACCCAUUAUGUGCAAAGCCAUAAUCGAAAAGGACAAGUACCUAGAGGCUCGGACUUGUUACCUCUCCCUCUCUCUCUUCCUCCGCCUAAGCAAAAUAGAAGAUGCUUUGCCUUUUGUGGAGAGGCUUCAGUUCCUUACCAUCACUUUGUCUGCAGAAGCAGGGAGGCCUGUUGCUCCAGUGAAUCUCAACUGGAUACUGUGCAGGCUUUAUCAUAAAAUGUAUUUGCCCUACCUCACACUAGCCUCUCUAAGCCUAGACUCAGGACAGGACCAUUCCUUGGAUGAUGCAUUCCAGAAAAUCGAACUCUUUAUCAAAAACUCAGUCAGGCUUAAUCCUCACUGGAAGGAAAGUACUUUGAUUCUUCCUGCACAGGUGGUGGUCUACCUUCAGCAAGCUUUGUCAAUAGCUUGUCGUGGAGAAGAUCUGAAGACUCAAAGGGACCUUUGCAUGUGCCUGACUAGUGUUUACCAACAGCAUGGUGCUCUAGAGAAAGCUGUGCCCUUCGCCCAACAGGCAGCACAGACAGGAAGUCGAAUCAAUGAGGAGGAGGGCUUUGAGGCAUCAGUACUACUGGCCUGGCUUUUGGUUUUAAUGGACAAACCUGAACAAGCUCAAUCUACUUUGCAUCCUUUGCUAACAUCUUUGAAUGAAACAGACAGUCCAACGCAGCGUGGUGUGGUCUACAACCUCCUAGCCAUAUGCCUCCGCAAACAAGACAGAGUUAACGAGGCAGCAAGGAACUUUUAUUGCGCUCUGCAGAUCUCACGAGAAAAUGGAAACAAGCGUAACGAAGCAUUAGGACUGGCUAACUUGGGUUGCUUGUCUCUAUCUGUAGGGGCUUCAUGCCUAGCAGAGUGUUUCCUGCUAAAUUCCCUCCACCUCUUCCAGUUUAUUUCAGAGAGUCCUACAGAUGAGGAGCAUGUUCAGGCUCUACUCUGGCUGGGCAGAAGCUACAAGGAUAGAGGAGGGAGUCAGCAGGUCAGGAUAUGCUUCGAACUGGGCCUCCUUAUUGCCAUUAGUACCAAAAAUCUGCACAGUCAAAUGGUUGUGGGAAAAGUUCUAAGUCGACAUUAUGCUGACUUGCUACUAUAUGGACAGAGUAUUGUUUACUAUGAGCACUGUGUGGGGGUGUGCAGAACUCUGAAGAAUAAACAACUAGAAGGAGAGUACCUGGAGCUCCUCAGCAACCUUUAUCUCUCACUCAACACUGAGAAGUCUUCAAGAAAGUCUCUUGAUUACUCAAAGCAAAGCUUAAGGAUCUCUAUAGAUCUGGGGAAAAGACAGGAAGAGUCUGAGACAUGGCUGCAGGUGGGCCGUAUCUACUAUCUUAUCUGUGAGGAUGAACUGGCUGAUAUGUACCUUCAGGCAGCAGUAAAGACAGCCCUAAAGAUGAAUGACCCAUGCUUCGCUAUGAGCAUUUAUGAGGAGGCAGGAGAUGUCUUUUUCAAAGGACAUAGGAACCGCCUGGCUGCCCUACCAUUUUACAGGGAUGGGAGUCUGCCAUUUGCACGCAGCAUUAAAGAUAUUCACUCAGAGUUCAGGCUGCUGAGUAAACUCACAGAGCUCCUGAUGAAGCAGAAGCAAUUUGAGGAGGCACUACAGUAUGCCACACUUGCAGUGCAGGAAGCCACAACUGGUGUUCAUCUGAAUGAGAGAGUGGCCUUCCAUCGUCUUGCAUCGAUUUACUUCUCUUUAGGGAAGUAUGAGAUGUCUGAGAACUACUACCUGAAGUCUCUUUCACUCUGCCCUGUUGAAUUUGAACAUGCUAUUGAAGUUCGCUACUAUGUUAAAGUCUACUGUAGAUUGGCCGAUCUGACACUAUACAAAUUAAAGGAUGCGUUCGAUGCCAUUGGCUAUUUCCACUUAGCCCUGGCGGCAGCCCUGGAGGACAAUGAAAGCCUAAGCACUGUGUACAUCAUCUACAUGAAGCUGGCGGAGAUCCAUGCCAACUACAUGCCUGAUGCAGAACUGUGUAACAGCUACAUGAACAGUGCACAGAUUCUGAAGAGGGAGCUGGCUGGAAAUACAGAAUCUACGGACAUAGAAUCUACUGACAAAGAAGACACACAUCAGGAUAACACUAAUGCAGAUUGUUCUGAGGAAGAGUCUGUCAUUCACAGCAAAGCUGACCUCUCAGACUCCAGCAGUGGCACUAGUACUCUUACAGAGUCCAGCAUGACAGACACCUGCCUCACAAUUACUGCCCAGAGAGAGUCAGAGCUGAAACUCUCUAACAUCAGUCACAAAGAAGAAAUGGUCACAAGCUUCUCAGAGGAAACAGAAUCAGGGCCUGCUCAUCACACCAAUCCAGAGACUAGCUGCACCGAUAACACAAACCACACUGACUGCAGACUGAAGGAGGGCUUAACUUUUGUAAUAUAGGUUCAGUGAAUAUGGCUUGUAUGUGAUGUUAAAAAAAACAAAACAUACAGUAGCCUAUACCACAAGAUGUGCAGCUGCUCUUUAAAAAAGUGAAUUCAGAAUGCUUUUAAAAAUAUAUAUUUUUUUUCAUUUUAUCUAUUAAAUGUCUGAGAAUAUAUUUUAUUUUGUUUAAUAGUGUUUCAAUAUGAA